AUGGCGGGUGCCACCUCCGCUCUGUUUCUUCUUGAUAUGAAAGGUCGAUGCCUUAUAAGUCGUGACUAUAGAGGCGAUGUUUCUGCCCAACAAGUCGAGAAAUUCUUUACUAAGCUCCUCGAGAAAGAGGAUGACUUAGAAUCUCAUGGACCAGUAUGCCACGAAAAUGGCGUGAACUACAUGUUUAUACAGCACAAGAACAUUUACUUGAUGGCAGCAUCGAGGCAGAACUCUAAUGCUGCUAGCCUCCUUUUCUUUCUACAUUGUGUAGCUGAUGUUUUUAAGCAUUAUUUUGAAGAACUAGAAGAGGAGUCUCUACGAGAUAACUUUGUUGUUGUGUAUGAAUUGCUUGAUGAAAUGAUGGAUUUUGGUUACCCUCAAUAUACGGAAGCUAAGAUUCUUAGUGAGUUUAUCAAGACGGAUGCAUACAGAAUGGAAGUCAACCAACACCCUCCAAUGGCUGUGACAAAUGCAGUUUCUUGGCGUAGUGAGGGUGUAUUUUAUAAGAAUAAUGAAGUUUAUUUGGAUGUCGUUGAACAUGUUAAUCUCCUUGUCAACAGCAACGGCCAAUUAAUGCGUUCUGAAGUUAAUGGGGCGUUAAAGAUGAGAGCUUAUUUGAGUGGCAUGCCUGAGUGCAAGCUUGGGCUUAACGACAAAGUACUAUUGGAGGCUCAAGGUCGACCUACCAAAGGCAAAUCCAUUGAUUUGGAUGAUAUCAAGUUUCACCAGUGUGUACGUCUGGCUAGGUUUGAAAAUGAUCGCACAAUAUCCUUUAUACCUCCUGAUGGAUCAUUUGAUCUGAUGACUUAUAGACUUAGUACUCAGGUGAAGCCACUGAUUUGGGUGGAAGCUCAAGUUGAAAGGCAUUCAAGAAGCCGCGUUGAAAUGUCUGUCAAGGCUAGAAGCCAAUUUAAAGAGCGAAGCACUGCUACGAAUGUUGAAAUCGAGUUGCCUGUGCCAGCUGAUGCAAUGAGUCCCAACAUACGAACAUCGAUGGGAUAUGCUACGUAUGCUCCUGAGAGAGAUGCAGUGGUAUGGAAAAUCAAGUCAUUCCCGGGUAAUAAGGAUUAUAUGCUGAGGGCAGAGUUUAGACUUCCAAGUGUGAUAUCUGAAGACACACCUCCUGAUAGAAAAGCUCCAAUCCGCGUUAAGUUUGAGAUACCAUAUUUUACAGUCUCGGGAAUUCAGGUUCGUUAUCUCAAAAUCAUUGAAAAAAGUGGAUAUCAAGCUCUUCCAUGGGUGAGGUACAUAACAAUGGCUGGUGAAUAUGAACUAAGGCUUAUAUGAGCAGGACUAUCUUUGGAUUCAGGGUGCAGCCUCAUCACAAUGUGGAUCCUUUCUUCUUCGUACUUGGUUUUGAGCAAUGUAACAAUGUAUAGUUUUAGUGAUGUCUGCUCUUAAGGUCUCUUCACUAUUCCUUUUCCUCAAAAUGGUCUAAGAUGCAGCAAGAACAGCACAUGAAUCUUACUUCGAAAACAUAGAGAAAAAGUAAAGGGCCAUUCUUAAGGGAUUUUGCCUUAUUAUGAUUGAUAGAUAUUGAAUAAUCACACGGUGAUGU